AUGGCACACGACACGACGUUUCAAUGGAUACUGGAUCCUUCAAAAGACGGACAGAGGGAUGAUUCUAAUGAAAGAGUACUCCUCCUCAAUUGGCUGAGGCACGGAAAUGGGAUAUUCUGGGUGUCCGGCAAAGCAGGAUCCGGCAAGUCAACUCUGAUGAGAUUUAUCGCCGACCACGAACGCACAAGGAGAUGGCUUGAAGAAUGGGCAGAGUCGAAUAAACUCGCUAUCGCAACUCACUUUUUCUGGACUGCUGGCACGCCUAUUCAGAAAUCCCAGCAGGGUCUGCUCCGAGCGCUCCUGUACGACAUUUUUCGCGCGUGCCCCGAGCAAAUGGCCAAAGUUAUCCCACAGCGAUGGUCAAGAACCGGGCCGCUGGAUUCUGCUCACAGCAAGGAAUGGAGCAACCGAGAACUCCUCGAGACUCUGCGAGUUCUAGGCCGGCACCGCUCUUCAACCAGAUACUGCAUGUUCAUCGACGGACUCGACGAAUUCGACGGCGACCACUUUGAGAUGUGUCAGGUGCUCAGAGAGUUGUCUAAAUCGGCAAAUUUCAAGUUUUGUCUUUCAAGUCGACCUUGGAACGUUUUCGAAGAUGCUUUUGGCAUCAACAGUUCUCAGAAGCUAUACAUUCACAACCUCACGCGGCAAGAUAUCUUGGCGUAUACUCAGAGCCGGCUGCUUGAACACCCGCGAUGGAACGAGCGACACUUUGCAAGAUGGGAUAUGGAGUCAAUCGUCAAUCAGGUCACUGAACGAGCGCAUGGCGUAUUCCUGUGGGUUUUCCUCGUGACCCGAUCACUGAGAGACGGGUUGAUUAAUGGGGACACCAUGAGGGACUUGCAGAGGAGACUCGACAGCCUUCCGACCGAGCUCGAGCCCUUCUUCAAACACAUGCUAGAGGUGAUUGACCCUCUUUAUCACGAACCCAUGGCGCGGACACUGCGAAUAGCGAUAAAUGCAAGGCAGGCACUGCAGCUUGAGUUUUACCAUAUGCUCGAAUACGAGGAGGAGGACAAAGAUUUUGCUCUGAAUAGGUCGACGGAUUCCCACACCGCCGACCAGCUUGAUGCCACUCUUGACCAGUGCCGCCGUCGGAUGAAUGCGAGGUGCGGUGGCUUGUUAGAAAUCAAGCAGAACAGGGUCGAAUUCCUCCAUCGAACUGUCCGCGAUUUUCUCCUCACCAAGGAGAUGAGCGACUAUAUAUGUCAAAAAAGCGGCCAGGAAUUCAAGGUGAACCUCUCGACUCUCAAGGGUUUCGUUUUCCUCUUCAGAUGCUGGAUGCGAACUGCAGAAUGGGUCGACCUAGCUGACGACGAACCGUACUGGCGACAAGGCCUUAAAUAUGCAAACGAUGCCCUCGAAGAGUGUCAAGAGUCAGCAUUGAUGCACCUUGAUGCUGUCGAAGGACUGUACCAGGGCGCUUUGGGCCGUAGCGCCGCCGACUUUGUAAAUGUUUCAGCUGAUUUCAUCUUUCGUUCUGAGAUUCUCACCGCCGGUGUUGAUACAUAUGUCCUUGUCAAACUCGACGAAGACCCGGACUUCUUCGAUAACCCAUUCGAGUGGCCAUUA